UGUGCUGCUCUCCCAAAAUCGCAAAAUGAGAUUCUAGCUCAUUUCUUUGGCUAUGCCGAGACCAUACGUGGCAUUCAAAUUCAUAACAUGAUGACCCUCACGAUCAACUUCGUACAGCAUGUUGUGGACAGCGUUCCGGCUGAGCAUCGCGGACCGGGAACAGCUACCCUUCAGGACUAUGCCAACAAAGGCAAGAGUCUCCGCUUGACAGGCACCACUGGCGAGAAAUAUAUGUACAUCUACGAACUGCAACAGGUAUUUGAAGGACUCAACAACAAGCUGAGUCAAUCAGCGCCUGAAUCGCAGGUGAUUGGAAUGAGCUUAUUGGGUUUACUGGGCGUUAGCAGUGAAUUCGCCACGGAGGAUGAGCAUCUCCAUAAUAAGUUUGUGGAAGGUGCCACCAAAAUGAAAGCUAAGUUGACUUCGGCCACUAUAGAUCGGGAAAGUGAUCUUUUCAAUGCGAUCAACGAAUACAUUGCUUCUACUGAUAUACAGCAGCAUGAACCUCUCUUUGUAAAAAUCAUGAGCUUUAAGAGUAGGUUCUAAGCAUAUGCACUUAAUUCAAUAAAAUGAUUUAGUCAACAAGGAAUGAAAAGUAAAAGCGGAUUAUUUUUUUACGUAGGUCGACAGCACACAGGCAUUGUUAUCACAAAUCGCUUUCGAGGUUGGCCAUGAAAGAGAGGUUGC